CGCCGUACGUCAUUGUUGACAACAAACAUGGCGGCCUCAAUGUCACUGCUGGGCCUGGGGCGUCUCUCUGUGAUCAAUGUGGCUUCUAAAAUGUUCCUGAAUCCCAUCAGGUCUACAAGCACAUCAACAUCAAGGCUGGCAGAGAAAUCAGGACAAGACACGCAACUUAUUACAGUUGAUGAGAAAUUGGACAUCACCAGCCUGACAGGAGUGCCAGAUGAGCACAUCAAAACACGCAAGGUUCACAUCUUUGUGUCGGCCAAAUCUGCCAUGCAGUCCGGAGUCAACAGCACCAAGAAGUGGAAGAUGGACUUUGAUACCAGAGAGCGCUGGGAGAACCCGCUGAUGGGCUGGGCCUCAACGGCUGAUCCCUUAUCCAACAUGCUGCUCUCUUUCUCCUCUAAGGAAGAUGCCAUUGCUUUUGCUGAGAAAAAUGGUUGGAGCUACGACGUAACAGAGAAAAGGGCCCCAAAGCCUAGGGUGAAAUCCUACGGAGCGAACUUCUCUUGGGACAAGAGGACCAGGAGGUCUGCUAAGUAAACUGAAGACGCCCAUCUGUUAGUCGGCUUGACCUCAGUGUGUCCCACAGCAGACCUGUAUAAUUCCUGUCAAUAAAUGCAUAAUUAUGUAUGUGUAAACCAAAA